GCCAAUCUUCUUAUGGUAAAGAGAAGAAAAAAAAUCAUGUAGGAAAAAAAAUCUUAAUUUCAGGCCUUUAGUGUUGUCCUCACUGCCUUUCAUGCGCAUCACAGACUGAGGGAGUAUGUGUGUAUGUGUCAUAAUUGUUAAUUAUUUGGUUGAUGAUAGCUGAUGAUUUGGCUGUUCACAAGUAUGUGGACUUUGAGUAAAGAUAGCUGACCACCCAGUGUCCAUGUCUCCUAAUGCAGUCCUGAAGAAGGAAUCUGAAAAAUCUACAUAUUGAGAUGAAUCAAAUGCCUGUGAAGGAAUUAAGUGGAGCAACUGCCGGAAGUCAAGUUUUGUUUCCUUGUGAAAUCUGUGGAAGGCACUUCAAACAAGAUGUUCUGAUGAGGCAUUCCCCGAUAUGCCAGAAAGUCUUCAGCAAGAAACGCAAGCCUUUCAAUUCUUUGAAACAGAGACUGCAAGGAACUGAAAUUACCACUGUGAAGAAGCAGCCACAACCAAAGAAUCAAGUGCAAAAGAAAUCUAACUGGAGACAGCAUCAUGAGGACUUCAUGAAUGCUAUUCAGUCAGCCAAGGAAGUCACAAAAGCCAUGAAAGAGGGUCUCCCUCUUCCCCCACCACCCCCUCCAAGCAUCAAUCCAGACUAUAUCCAGUGUCCUUACUGCUCAAGAAGGUUUAAUGAGGCUGCAGCAGGGAGACACAUUAAUUUUUGCAAAGAACAAUCUACCCGACGUACCUUUUCACCAAGUACAAAAGCAGCCAAACCACCCCUGGGCAAACAGCAAAAGAGAGAACCAGCUUUAACAACUGCUGUGGAAUCACUGCUUCAGAACAAAGCACAAGAAGCUACCAAUGCAAAUCAGCUGAGGGCAGGAGCCAUUGUGGAGCCUUCUGCUGGAAUUCCACAGAAAACCAAAAAAAUGAGUACACCCUCUGGAAAAAACUAAUCCAGCGGAUUUGGGACAGCUGAUGCAGAGCAGAAGGUAAAGUGGCAGGUCACCAAGGACUUGGUGUGGCUUUACUUCUAUAACAUCACUCCUGAAGACCCUAGGAAGCUGUUCCAUCUGCUUUCCAAGCAUUGCACAGCUUAAGACAUGAAAGAAGUCGUGUAACAAUAAAAUAAGCAAAAACACAUUUCAUGACCUGCUCAAUUCCUUGUCUGUCCCCUUGGGGUAUAAUUUUUUACUAUAUCCUUUUUAAAGCAUAAUUGAUUUAUUUUUUUCUUUCCAAAUGAUUUGCCCUUUAUGACUGGUUAAAGGAGGCUACUUUUAAGAUGAUUGAAAAUCAUUUUUAAAUGGGCCUUUAUUUUGGUUAAUAAGUCCAGUGGUGUAAAUAACAUUUUGCAGAUUUGUAUGCGUACAGCAUUUUUUUUAAACUACUUCAAAUAUGCUUGUUUGGAUCUUGGAUGAAUUGCGCUUAUCAGGUGACAGCAAGAAGCACCAAAUAAACCAUGUCAAAAGUUUUGACACCAAGAAUUUUUUAUAUAGACCUUUCUUCAUGCUUCUGCUGGUUCUCUUUGCUUCUGCUAUUUUGGCAGUUUCAAGCUGUAGCUAUUGGCGAGUGCUCAGAGUUGUGUAUUCUCAGUUUCUGGGGUAUAAACUGUGAAUCUUAUUCAUACGCUUAAUGGAAUCUUUCAGUAAAGAAAGAAAAUAGUUAACUUAGAAACUAUAUGUUGUGGCUCAGCUCCGAUGACCUUCACUUUCUUAUUCAUUUUUUUUUCUGUAUAUGCAGACUUAACUCUUAUAAAUGUAAUCACCAGUUCAGACUGGAAGACAUUUUCCCCAUGUUUUUAUCCUAUCAUUUUUCUACUACUCUUUCUUUACUCCUUUUGUUUAUUGGUUGUGUUAUAAUGACCAUGUGUUCACUUUGUUGUAAUACAUUGAUUUCAGCCCAGUGAUUUUCAUAGAAGGAAUACUGGAUCUAGUAUAGCACUUCUUAAGUAAAAAUAGGCUUUCAUUUCUAAUGAAGUUAAGCUCAAGAAAAUGAGUUCAGCCAAUUGGAGCUACCCUCACAGAAUCCCACAGGCUUAUGUGUGGUUGGGGACUCUUACUGUACAGAAGUAAGGUUUUCUAGUAUAUUUGUGAAAUUUUAACCUUUCCCUGUUUGCUCCAUUUAGCAGCUCCAUCACAAUUUUUACAUGCACACACGGGGGGGAUGGGGGGUCGGGGACAAAAAGGCAGAAACAUAGAUGGACUGUUUAAAAAAAAAAAAAAAAGACAACUAGCAAACCCAUAGCAGGGUUUGCCAAAAUCAGAAGCAGAGCACAAAAGUAGAAAUGUAUGUUUAAUGUAUGUUAGAUUACGCUGCUUGUUUGGGUACUUAAAUGUGACUCUAUUCCAUCCUGCUUGAGUCUUUUAAAUAGCAUUAAUGCAAAAGGUGGAUGGGUUCUCAGUGUUUUCGGUGACUUAACCUUCAUACUAAAAUGUUUGUAGGUGCAUUAACAGUUUUUCAGGGACCUGAGCAGGGUCAGAUUUCUGAUACCAGGAAUAGAAUCUGGUAUAAAUGUAAAAAAAUCUACCUAGAAGACAUGAUAAUAUAAUAUACUAUAGUUCCUCCUUACCCAGACUCAGGGAAUCAGAUCCUACUCACUGGCUGUAAUGGAAACUGGUCCCAGGAAGUGCAUUCCUGACUUGUACUUAAACUUGUAUUAGAGCUGAAAGCCUUACCACCUGCAAAGGCAUGCAGAUCCAAUAUUUGACUGGUUUCUCUCACGAAGACAUGGCAGACUUUCAGUUAAGCAGCACCAAUUAACAUAGCAAGUGUUACACAUUAAAAAAAGCUCAGCUCUGCUCUGUAGAAAUUAUUUUAUUGAAAAGUAUAAAUAUUACAAACUACAGGGAGAUAUUACAGAGAGAAAAUUUUAAGACUUGAAAUCUAAAAUGGGAAUAUGAAAAUUGAUUGAUGAGGUAAUUUGUCCUAUUGUGCUGUAUUGCAUUAAAGUGGGUUGUAGGUUCAUAGAAGAG